UGAAAUCGCUCUUACCAACAGAAUCCAAAUGUAACCUUACGGGACCGGAGUUGCCAACAAGAAAUACACACUUGCGAUGCUUCAAGUAGUUGGUGCUGACACGGUCUUAGGGUGUAAUACGACCCGCGGCUCUGUCUCUAGUCCGGCCCCCACCUCUGCAUCCGCCUACACGGUACUUUUGUCGGCCCGUAGGGUAAGCCGGGCCGCUGGUAUAUAGUGCUGAUGCAAGCCAACGCGGGAGCAAUGUAUCGAUACAUUGGUACGAGCCUCUCAGAAGUAUUCCGCUGAUGAUCACAUCUUUGGCCCUCCUCUCCUAGUCCUUUGCCCGAGGAGGGAGUUGGAAAGCAGAUUGUGAUCAGUUGUUUUGUUCUGCAUGGACUGUGGUACUCUAUCAUUUCUUCAAGCGUCGUGCUUCAAUCCAUUGUGAACGCUUUUCUUCAAUAUUCCGUGCCUCUCUUCCCUUAAUUUUCAAAAAGUCCAUUUUAAAAUUUGUCCAUGAGAAACAAGCGUCAUUCUCUACAACCCAGUCAGUCCUCAUACAUUAUGACAAGCAACGGCGCCGAUAAGGCCACACCAUUGGGUCCUUCUGGCCCCCUUGGGAUUCGGAUUCGCCAGCAGACCGUUAGGCCAGAAGCCACGAAAGCCCUCCCAACUUUCUACCGAAACAUAGAGGAGGCCCUUGACGUCCGCCGCGCGGCACAGAACUUCUACCUCAUCACACAGAACAGCUGGCAAAGAUAUGAUCAUGUUGUUGAUUUCUGUUCCGGGGAUAUUCUGGGCAUGGCAGCUAGCCCGGAGCGGCGUGCCGAAUUUCUGGCCGAACAAGCGGCACACCCAGACUUCAGUCUGGGCUCAACCGGUGUCCGGCUGAUGGACGGCAACUACCCUUACCUGGAGGAGGCCGAGGCUCAGAUUGCUGCCUUUCACGGUGCGGAGACCGGCUUACUUGUGGGCUCGGCCUUUGAGGCUAAUAUCGCCGUUUGGACUGCUAUACCACGCCCGGGGGAUGUGAUUUUAUAUGAUUCACUUGUCCAUGCAAGCACUCUUGAGGGUAUUAAACAGUCCCUGGCUAUCCAGAAGGUCGAAUUCCCCCAUAGUGAUAUUCAUGCCUUCCGCCUGGCAUUACAGGACACGUUGAGUACGCAGCCACUUAUACAACAGGGAAAACGGUGUGUUCUUGUUGCGCUUGAGUCCAUAUAUAGCAUGGACGGGGAUGUUUGCCCGCUGGAAGAACUGAUCACCGUCGCAAAAGAGGUGUUCCAUGGCAUGGAGGGAAAUGUCCAAUUUGUGCUGGACGAGGCACACAGCAUUGGGGUUAUCGGGCCCCAAGGGGCAGGGCUGGUUUGUGAGCUGGCUUUGCAGGAUGAGGUGGCAGUGGUUGUGCAUUCAUAUGGCAAGGCUAUGGGUGCAACAGGUGCUGUCAUCUUAGGAAACAAGACUGUGAAGAGCGCGCUCGUCAAUUUCGGCCGUUCUAUCAUCUACACCACAUCUCCAUCAUUCCUAUUUGUGGCAGCUAUUAAGUCUGCUUAUACAUUAUUAAAACACGAUGCUAUGUCCAAGGCACAAGAGGACAUCCAGGAUCUCGCUACGCUCUUCUUUGAUUCCCUUGCGUCACAUCCCGCGUGGGAAAAAGCUCAGGAAGACGGCCUCCUUUCUGUUCCCCUCGUUGAUGGGUGGGAAGAAAGGCCCUUUCUCACCCAUAUUAUCACAAUAUCUACCGGUACGCAUGAGAGGUACUUGUGGUGGCUAUACUUCGCAUUGUUAUCAUCUGGUGUCUGUACGUUCCCUGUGACCUAUCCAGUUGUGCCUCUUGGAAAAGGUCGACUCAGGGUUAUCCUUCACGCUUCCAAUACCCGGGACCAGGUCAAGCAACUCGUGGAUGCAGUAUUUGCGUGGGUGGAGGAGAUUCGGGAGAUAGAGGCUAGGAAUACGAUAGAGAGUGUAUCUAAGGCCGCAAGAGAGUUUUACGCGUGGAUCAAACAAGAAGGCCUGUCUGGGUAUGGAUCUAUUGACUAAUGGCAUCACUUCGCAUUUUCAAAUUCUAAAACAACCUCAACAGAUACUACAAGUAAUAUGAUAGAGCUGUUUGAUCCAGGAGGACGAAGACUGGGUCGACUCGAA